CGUCGCAGUCUUGGCGCCUGCGCCCUGAGGAGGAAGAGAAAUCCUGAAGAUGGCUGAAGCAGACGAUCGGACGGUGGGUGAGACUGCGACCAAACCCGGGUUCCUAGGUCUUUCUGAUGUAUCCAUCUCAGAAGAUAUCCCUGUGGAGGGAGAGAUCACAGUGCCAAUGGCAUCUCACUCCCAGGAUGAAGACUAUUCUACGUUAGAUGAACCUGUGAAAGAGACCAUUAUUCGAGACCUGAAGGCUGUUGGAAAAAAAUUUGUUCAUGUCAUGUACCCCAAAAAAAGCAAUGCACUCUUGAGAGAUUGGGAUCUCUGGGGCCCUUUAGUCCUUUGUGUUUCGCUUGCACUGAUGUUGCAGGGAGGCUCUGCGGAUAGUAAAGAAGAUGGCGGACCCCAAUUUGCUGAAGUUUUUGUCAUCAUCUGGUUUGGUGCAGUUGUCAUAACACUAAAUUCGAAACUUCUUGGGGGGACUAUAUCAUUCUUUCAGAGUCUCUGUGUCUUGGGUUACUGUGUCUUGCCCUUAACGGUGGCUAUGCUGGUGUGCCGACUGGUACUUCUGGCUGGUAUGGGACCUAUCAACUUCCUUAUUCGGCUUAUCGUGGUGAUUGCGAUGUUUGCCUGGUCCACCUUAGCAUCCACAGCGUUCCUGGCUGAUAGCCAGCCUCCAAAUCGAAAAGCCCUUGCUGUCUACCCCAUCUUCCUCUUCUACUUUGUUAUUAGCUGGAUGAUUCUCACCUUUACGCCUCAUUAAACCAGGACACAAGAGAAGCCAAAGAGCCCGAGCAGAACAGAAGACUCCAGCUCCGCUUUGGGCCUUUGCCUCCUGUCUCCUUUCUUGACUGUCAGAGGGAGCCUGGACGUGGUGAAGGGGUAGAGGUGGCAGUAGGGAUUGGGGGGCAAGAGAAAGCCAAGGUCAUGCAGCAACACCAGCACUUUGGUAAAAAGCAAUUGCUUGGCAGGGUUGGUACUUUGAUUUAUCUUAAUAUGAUUGUUUCUUUAAAAUACACAUACAGCCAAAGUACUACCCUGCUCAAGGAUUAUGGUUCACUGUGUCACGUGUGUGUGUGUGUGUGUGUGUGUGUGUGUGUGUGUGUGUGUGUGUGUGUGAAGACGGCCACGGGAAUGACAUGGUGAUUGAUUACACAUCGAGUUAGAGACCGAAGUUAUGUUCAGACAACAUCAGUUCACGCACAGCUUUCUCUUUCAAACAUACUGCCUUAUCACCGUAGGGUGUAUUUCUCUCUUUUGGCAAGGGAAGGUGAUUUGUCUUUUUGUCUUCUUCCUUUCCUCUUUCUUUUUUCCCUUUUUCCUUCCCUUUUUGAAUAUGUGGAGGAGUAAGGGGAGAUUCAUAGGACAUGUGGAAAAGGAAAAUGCUUUAAUUGAAAUUCAAAUUGUACUCUAAAGAAUUUGGAUAGGCAUCAUUUUCUUUGCAAAGCACACGUGAAUGAACCCAUCUUUUUUGGACCAUGUAAACCUUGGACUGUCUCUGUGCAUAUGCAUAUUGCAGUCACGCCAUGUGUUCUAACAAAAGCAUGCCAACCUCUUGGUAGCGCUCCAGCUCCUUAUCUUACUCUUUAGCCCUGAAUGUGCAUGCUGGGCUAUUCGGAGCCAAUGUGGAAUUUUCCCUGGGCUAAAGCAAUCAGUGUUGAAACCCUUGAACUUACCCUAGUAGAAGACUUUCGAAAACUUAGGUAGGCAGGUCACUAAUGCACAUUUGUAUCACUAUAUAAUAAGCACAUUCUCUUAACUGCGAAGUGGGAUGUUUGGAAUAUAGUGUAACUGCAAGUAUUCCUCCCUCCGAAAUGAGUCUCUUCUGGUGGGAGGAAUUCUAGAAGGUGCAGAUAAGGACUAGGAUGGGGUUUUAAAACCCACGAUGGCAUUUCAUGUCUUGAUGGCUGCCUGAUAAGGGAACUCGGAGAGGGCCUUAGGAUCUCUCCGGUAGUUAGCUGUAGUCUCUUCAUAGAAGCAGGAGCACAUUUUUCACUGGACUUCUUCCUGGUGGGGAACAGCAAAUGGUUUCCUUUAGCUGUAGACUGGAUUUAUUUAUAAAGACAGCUUAACUCUUUGUUAGCUGUACACUCUUUGCUCAGCUUUACUUAUACUCUUGGAUAUUUGUCCUCCUAGGAUGGUAAGGCCUUUCAAAAGCACUUGGAGGCAAGGCUGGCCUAAGAUGGGCUCUGUACCAUUUGGGAGCUCCUUUAAAGGAGAGGUCUAGGCUCCUCUCUUUGGCGACAUUGCACACUGGAGAACGGUGGCAGGUGAACAUCCAUUUUGUUGGAGGGCAUUCAUUGCAGGUGCACAGUUAAUUCUGUAGGUGACUGUAACUUAGCCUGUACAUUUUCUAUGUCAUAGACUUUAUUUAGAAUAACUUUCUAUUUAAAGGCAAGCUGUAUAUUAAGAAUAGAAUAGCUUGAUUUCCCAUAUUAGCCUAAGAAAAAUGGUCCCUAGACUGACCGAUAGCAAUAAAGGCCUUGUUAAAUGAGCUUUUCUUCUUUCAGCCCAGGUUAGAGUUUUGCUUUCUCUAUUUUUAUUUAUUUAUUACAGUUCACCCUUAAAUGCUUAUGUAAUUUUCCACAUCAAGACAAAUUCAGCACUUAAGUCUUGACCUAGACAAUAUUUUGAACCAACUGAGUGGAUCCUAACUUGUUCACACUAAAAAUAGUUCUUCCUUUAGAGUUCCUCAUAAUCAGUGCUGACAAUUAUGUGAAUUUAUUUUGAAGGAAGGACUGUUUCCUGGGUCACUGUUUUUUCAAAGGGAAGGAAGGAAGCCUAUUCUGAUAUGCAUUUUACUCAAAGUCUGAAUAUGUGGUUGGAAGCAAGUAAAGUCAUGACUUUUUGAUUUUGCCUUUUUGUUUUUUACAACUUUUCUUGUGUUUCAACUCGUCUUAUUCUGUGUUCACUGGUUGCUCUUAGGUAAUGUGGAUGACUUCUAGAACAGGAUGGUUUUUUAUUUACUUUCUGUUUUUGUCAAUUCACUAAUAAGUUUGUUUCUUUUUUCUUUAGAUAUGAAAGUUAAAAAAAAAAAAGUAGAGGUGGGUCAGCCUGGGGUGUAAAAUCUUUCCUUAACAGAUGUGAAAUGCUGAGGCCUUCAGAGCUGGUCCAGUGUACAGGCCAGAGCCUCUUGAAGCCAGAACUCUUGUUUGUCAUUUUCCUGAUUGUGGGUCCAAAGGCAGACAAGCUUAGUCCUGUCACUGCAGAGGAUGGGGCAGCAAUGCCCACAUGCAUCAGUGGUCACAAUUAACUGCUUGUGAGGUCAAGAAUGUCUUAUCACAUCCUUUUGUGAUAAGAUCAGACUUAGGAAA